UGGCAACUGUGGUGUUUGGUGGCGUCCCGCUGCGAGUCGGGGUCGCCUUGGCCAGUGGGGACCCGCGGUUGGAGUGGGAGGGAGAGUCCACUCCCGAGAGGUGGAAGAGGACGGGCUCGGGCUGGAAGCGCCUUAGAGGAGCCAUUUUCCAGGAUGACUGAUUUGGUUUUUUGUGAGCCAACGGAACUUUACAACAUCUUGAAUCAGGUCUCAAAACUGUCCAGAUUAACUGAACCCAACUAUCUCUGUUUAUUGGAUGUUCGUUCUAGAAGGGAGUACGAUGAGAGCCACGUGAUUACAGCCCUUCGUGUGAAGAAGAAGGGUAAGGAGUACCUCAUCCCUGAGUCUGUGGAUCUGGAGUGUGUGAAGUACUGCGUGGUGUAUGACAGCAACACCAGCACCCUGGAGAUGACCUUAGUCAACAGGGACCUGGAGGAUGAUGACGACUCUGAGGAUCCCGGCCCAGGCCCUGACUAUCCCCUUGGCACUGAGAGCUUUGCUUCCCACGACUCAACAGCUCGAAUGGAAAUGGCACUCGGACCUGCUGUGGAGUGUGGCAAGAUGCUGAGUGACUUCACCGGCAACCCCGUGCAUAUCCUGAAAGGGGGCUACGAGCGCUUCUCAGGCCUGUACCACUUCUUUCGGACCCAGAAGAUCAUCUGGAUGCCCCAGGAACUAGAUGCGUUUCAGCCAUACCCUGUUGAAAUAAUACCAGGAAAGAUCUUCCUGGGCAAUUUCAGUCAAGCCUGUGACCCUCAAGUGCAGAAGGAUUUGAAAAUCAAAGCACAUAUCAAUGUCUGCAUGGAGGUGGGACCCUUUUUUGCAGGCGACCCUGACAACCUUCUGCACAUCCAGAUAGAAGAUACCGCCGACGCCAAGAUUAUUCCCUUUUUGCGCCACCUCUGUCACUUCAUUGAGAUUCACCUUGAGCUGGGCUCCGUCCUUAUGGUCUUUUCUACCCGGGGCAUCAGUCGCAGUUGUGCGGUCAUUGUGGCCUUCCUCAUGCACCAGAAUGAGGAGACCUUGAAGAGGUCCUGGGCCUAUGUCAAGAAGUGCAAAAACAACAUGCGUCCAAACUGGGGACUGGUGACUCAGCUGUUAGAGUGGGAGAAGAUUGUUCUUGGAGACUUUGUCACAGACAUUUCUGAUCCCAUGUACUGACCUUCAGAGGCCCCCCAGAAGAACCUUGUUUGGCACCUUUGCUGGGUAGAGGGCCAGCCUGUGUACCCAGGUUGGUGUGGAAAGAAAAGGCCUUUGCCAUCUGUAGCCUCCUAUGAGUCCUGCACUGCAUCGUCCAAGCUCCUUGUUCACUCAACAUAGGA